CAAUACCUAAACAUUUAUAUUUGAAUCCAACAAAUAACAUCAAUAUUUAACUUUUAUACUCAUAAAAUAAAUAAUAAAAUAAUUUUUAUCAAUUAAAUUUUCUAUAAUAAGAUCAUUUUACUUAGAGGUUCGUAUAUCGAUCAUGCCGAUCAUACCAGUGAUGUCACGCCGAUUUUAUGACCGGUAUCGGUUGAACCCGAUACAACUGGUGGCACGUCGGCCGGCGUAACAAGCAUGUUCUAAAGCAACAGGGGAAAAGGUUGGAAUAUUCUUUUGUUGGUACACGGUUUACUUAAAUUAAAUGGCCAUUCAACUUGUGAUUGGGAUUGGGCCUAAUAGUAAUAUUUGUUCACAAGAAAAUAAAAGUUGGAACAUCCAAUCCUAAUUGUACAACUUCCGACAUGAAUUGGUGGGCUGGACGAGCAAAGGACCAUCUCAUUCGGCAAGGAAAAUCUGUGAACUCAUGAUAAGCAUUGAUGAAGCUCGAGAGGCUCCUAUGGUUGAUUGGGAUCGGACUAAUGCUCUCGAAGCUAGGAGCGGCGUACAAACAAGAACGAAGCCUAUUGGCGGCAAAAAUCUCGGGUCAAUUGGUUGCGCACUAGGAAUAACAACACUAGAUUCUUUCACUUGACGAUGAAGCAAUAAAAAAGAUCUAAUUCUAUUUUGUUCCCGCGUGAUUGAGCAUGGGGAAUUACACAACAAGGAAUGUUACACCCCGCUCUUUCUAAAAGUCGAAUGACUAUUUUACCCUUGGUUUAAUUCGUCAAGUUCCGAUGUAGUAUGGAUGAGGAUUUAAAAACACGAACUACUGGUUCGAACGGUGUCAUAUUUCGAUAUAAAAUGAAGAAGUUACAGACAUAAUUGGAUUUUCGGAUCAGGACUCAAUUUAGUGUUUGGGCUAAUCUGAUUUUGUUAUUUGGGCUGGCAUGAAAUUGCAAUUAAGAGAGGUGGUCCGAGUGGGCCUGUUUUGGUUUCCAUGGGCGGCCCAAGGUGAAGGAAAGAAGAAGUGAGCUGAAACUCACUUGUGGUGGGCUUAGCCCGAGCCGAGAGAAGGAGAGAAAGUGUGGGUUGGCCUGCCGGCCCAGCGAAAAGAAGAGGAAGAAGGGCUCGAGCCCGUGUACGAAUUAAAAGGGGGAACAAGUGAAUGGGCUCGCUGAAAUGGAAAGAAGAAGUGGCCUUUAGGCCCGGGAAGGAGAGGGGCGAAGCCCUUUAAGCGCCAGAAGAGAGGAGAGUUUCUCCCCUGAAAAAUCGACCAGAAACAGAGCAAUCGGCGGGUGCAGGGAGGCAGCAGAGAAGAAAAAAAAAAGAAAAAAAAAACGGGGAAAUCGGAAGGUAACUGUCGAUUUAAUAGGGGAUUAAAACAACACUUAGUUAGGGUAAAUUAGGGCGAGAGCGGCUCAUUGAAUUUGAAGAGGAAGUGCCUCUAUUCUUUUUCCAAGCGAGAGGCAGGGAACGAGAAGGAAGAGAAGUCGGGGACGAUUCUUACGACCAGGGCGUUGGCACGGCAAUGUUGGGGUCGACGCGAGCUAAACGGGGAAAUAGGAUGAUCCAAACCCGAGUGGUGGUCCGUGGACGCAAGAGGGAGCUCGGGAACUCAACGACGGCUGCCGUAACAGGAUCGGUUGGUGACCACACCAAAGGCAAUGGAAUGGGUGAGGAUACAGUGGCGAGGCCACGAGGUUACCCAUGGAAACGGCCACGGGCUUGGGCGGUCAGGAGCUGGCCUCCGAUGUGUGGACCGAGGCGCAGCGGCGGUGUGACCGGCAUCGACGACGAACUUUCUGAAAAGUCGAUCGCUGGGCUGCCGGUGUCCGAGUAAGAAGAAGAGCCGGAGGAAUGCGAUUGUUGUGGGUUCGGAGGUGGAGAGCAGGACGACGGCGACGGUGGCCGGAACCGCAACAUCGACGGCGGCGGCGGUGUACAGGUGAGUGGUUCUCCCGCGUUAUGGGAGUUUAAUGGCGUGCAAUUGAAAAUUUGAUGAAUAGUUAGGGGCGUAUUUGUCUUUUCGGAAUUGGGGAGAUUUGUUAAAUUUUGGAAGUUUAGGCGCCGUAAAGUAAUUGACCAGGCUGGGGAUGAGUUCUCAAUUAGUAAAUGUUUGGGUAUUGAAUUGGAAAUAUGCCAGUUGGACCAGAAUGUCAAAAUCAGAAAGUGGAAAUUGGCCUGGAUGACUGGGUUGUGCAAUUCUGGAAAUUUGGGACCGAAUUGAUAAGACCCAGGAAAUUCGAGUAUCAAUUGGUAAAUUGCCAUUUUGGAGCAAAAAGGUAAUUUUCCAGAAUUUUAUGGGGAAUCCUAGGAGAGAUUAAAUAGAGGAAAUUGGGAUUGAAAUUAACCAAAUUGGAGUUCGUUUGGUUAGUUACGCUUUGAGAUAAGAGAGUUAAGCUUUGCCUAAAUACCUAAUAGGAGGUUUUGCAAAAGGAGGCAAAGCACGAGGAGUUGGAGCGUGGAAUUUCAGGCGAUGACAUGGAUUAGCUAGUAGUGAAGAAGGGUCGUCUUUUCGAGGUGAGUGUAAAGGGGGUAAAUUCUACGCCUUACGUGUUCUUUCAAGAAUUUCAAGUCUUGAGUAUUUUUGAUGAAGUGAAUGUCGUUGUUUGAUUGUGCUUAUGGUUGAUGAUAUGUGAUUUUGUUUGAGCCAUGCUUGAUGUGACUAUGCAUGAGUUUUAUUUAAAUUUAAGCUUUAAGUUUACAAGUUAUUGUUGAAGUUAAGAAGCAAGUUCUUUUUUUAAGAAGUAACUCACCGUCAAGAAGGUGAAGUCGUUUUAAGUGUUUUUAGUCACUAGCCACAGUCCGUUGCCAUUUGAGAUUUUCAGAUAGAGCAGUAGUUAUGCUCUUGAGACUUUUAAGAUGGGCAGCAGUUAUGCCCUUGAGAAUCGUGGUGAAGAGCCACCACGAUAAGUUUAAGAUGUUAGGGGGAUGAAUCGUUACGACUUCCCUAACUAAGUUUAAGUUUAAGGAAAGCCUAGAUGGUUUCUCAUACGUAUGAGUUGGCAACCGGACUAGCUAGUGAGGGAUCCCAGUGUCAGUCAAGUAUUUAAGUCAAGCUUUGAGAUUUAAGAAUGGAGUAACAGUAACUCCCAUACAGUUUUAAGAGUUAAGCUUUUAAUAGUGGAAGUACAAAACAACUUCCACUCAGUUAAGUAAAGUGAUCAAGCAUUAAUAAGAUGUUAAACGUAAG